AUGGCUGAAGAACCAAGUCCAGCACAAGUAGUAUGGAAGCUCUUGAAGCUUAAACCAAACCAGCAGGCUACCUUCGACGCAAUCUCCUCAACCCUCCGCAAACUCGGCUUUGAGCCUUUCCAAGACGAAGUCUUUAGCUACAUGUCUCUUUUUGAUCCAAAAGGGUUACGCAAAAUAUCUUUUAAGGAUUUCGACUCAAUCUGCGGGGCAAAUUUUGACCCUUUUGCAGAUGGAGACUCGCUGAAAAGUCUAUUCAAUGUGUUUGAUCAAUCGAAGAAAGGGAAAAUUCGCCCUGAAGAUAUUGUGGAAAUAGGAGAAGUGUAUGGGGAAUCAAUUACAGCAGAAGAAGCUGAAGAGAUGGUGAAAUCGUUUGAUAAGAAUAAGGAUGGGCUGAUUGACAUCAAAGAGUUUUCAACCAUAUUCGGAUAA